GAACACAUCCAGGAAUCUGCGCCAUUUUCACUCCUCCGAAAAACACCCGACGCCCCUCUCCCCACGUAGUGCACCCUCCCUCUCCCCCCCGCCCACCGUCUCGAUGGUUCGGUGACGCCCUCCCGUCCCGUUGCCGUCCCGUGCCGUGCCGGUCGGGUUGGUUCCACCUGUCCGUACCCGGUGGUGAGGAGGCCGCUCCGUGCGCCAGCCGCCGCCAGUCAUCCACCAGCCGCCGAGCCGACAUGAGGUGCCUACUGCCGCUGAUCGUUCUUCUGGGCGCCGUCCAGGCAGUGCCGUUCUUCAAGUUCCGUUUCGGUCCGGAACACCGAAGCGAUGAGCUGGGUCCGGAGCUGCCGCCGGAGCCGUUCCCGCAGCGCGUACCGGACGAGUCGGCGGCCGUGUUCGCCCUCCAGCUGCCCAAACUCGACCUCUCCGACCUCUUUAGGCCGCUGCGGGUGUUCGCAGGUGUGAACGUGGACCAUCCGUCUGGUAUCGCCGUGCGGGAGGAGGAGCCCAACUGCGACCUGGGGAAGUUCGACCUCGCCGACGACGAGUUCGACAUCGUCAUGGACUGUCAGAAGGCCUCCGGUGGAGACGACGUCGAGCUCAAAGAGUGCAUCCUGACCAAGCUGCCCAAGACCGCUGUUGAGCUGAGGGACUUCCUCGACAGGGAAGAGUUCGGUGUUGCUGGUCUCAGCUCUUCUUUCCAUCUGUCUCUGCUGAACGGAGCGUUCACGCAAAAGAGGAGCGUCCAGUUCCGACUGUGCCCGCGGGACGAGGUGAACAGCAUCGACGGACCUGUGGUGCCCGUCGUGGAACAGGUGGUGCCCGUUGUGGAAGAAGUGGUGCCCAUGGUGGAGGAGAUGGUGCCCAUUGAGGCUCUCAGUCCGGACCGCAUCGAUGAGUCCGCGCCGUCCGCGCCGGGAGCCGUCAUUCCUCCGCAGCGACCGCUCUUCCAGUUCCCUGAGCUGAAGCUGCCCAACUUCGGCCAGAUCUUCACCGAGGCGUUCGCGCCGGUGUUCGGUCCGCGUCCCGGUACGGAGGAGGAGGACGCCGGCCUGGGUCUGUUCGGCUCGCACCUGAACCCGUUCGCGGUGCGCCACCCGCCGGCCGUCACCGGUCCGCAGCACGGGUUCUUUGCCUCUCUGUUCCCGGCGCUGGCUGCUACGCCGCCGCCGCAGGGACCGCCCGACGGCAUUGACAUGGACAACUGCGACAGCCAGAAGUUUGACGUGUCCCGCUUUGUCUUCAACGUCGCCAACCGUUGUCAGUACGCUAACGACUACAGGAAGUGCCUCCGCCUGGAUCUGGCCGGCGACAAGAGCGCCCAGGAGCUGCUGGACUUCGCCACCGACACCGACUACAGCGUGGUCGCCUCCAGCUUCUCUUCGUUCCAGACCACCUUCGACCUGGAGUCGCUCCACGACGGAAAGGGUCUGCUGGAUCUGAAGCGGAAGAACCAGAUCGACCUGCGCCGCUGCGCUAACAUCGUGAAGGAGGUGCCCACCGAGGCUCCCAUCGAAAAAGUCACCACUGAGGCCGAGCCCGUCGCCGAGGUCGCCGAGGAGGUCACUCCUGAGGUUGUCACUGAGGUCGUCGAAGAGCUCGUCCCUGACGUUGUCGCGGAGGUCAUCCCGGAGGGCACCCUUGACGUUGUACCCGAGGAGAUCCCCGUUGUCAUCGAGGAGUACCCUUCGGAGCCGGCUCCCGGUGUCGAGGUUACCCCUGAGGUAGCUCCGGAAGAGCCUCAGGCGACCACCGAGGUCUUCCAGACGGUCCCGGAGGUUGUCGAAGCUGUGGACGCUGAGAAGGAGGCUGUGGAGGCCAAGAAGGCUGCCGAACCUGAAGAGCCGGUGGUUGUGGCUGAGAAGCCAGUAGAGUCUGAGAAGCCUGUGGAGACUGAGAAGCCUCAGGAAGCUGAACCUGCGACUGAAGUGGCUGUGGAGACCGAGAAGGUGGCUGUGGAGACCGAGAAGGCCCCUGACAGCGUGGAGACGCCAGUCGAGGUGUCCCAGCCGGUGGAGUUCGAGGGCAACGUUGAGGCCGGCCCUAAAUAUGAUGUUGCCGAGCCAUAAACACUUCGACGUUCGUGCUUGGAUGGUCUGAAGAUUGACGUCAAGAAAGCACUGAGUCGGUUUUAUACAAGUUCCGUCCAUUCUUGUCUCAUGUCUGUAUAUUUUCGUAGCCUCUAAAGGAUAAAGUUUUGAUGCAUUCUUUUUAGGUACUUGAGGCUUUUACGGUUGGCUAUAUGUGAUGCAUUUUGACAUUUGGAUCACAUCAUGUUCAAAUGCAUUUCAGAUCGUAGAUAUGUAGUACCUACCUAAAUGUACUAUUUAUGGGAGUGGAAGAGGCCUUGUUAUUCGUUAUUGGCUGGUUUUGAGCGCUGUUAGUAGGCUGCAAGGAAGGAACGCCUUAGCGUCGCAUAGGUACAGGUGACUUUAAUCGAGCAUUUGGCGCUAAUUGCUUGCGAUGAGCUGUCACUACGUAUUGCAGAUUGAACUUUCAUUUCAUUGGCGAUCACGUUCCGACUGAAAUCGCAUCCUACAAUGUGUAAUGUUUUAUGUUACGCUGGUGUUCAUAGUACGCUAUUUAUCUUCAUUGUAUCUCAAUAUGGUUAGAGUGAGACGUUUUUUUUAGAAAUGUGCAUUGGAGUACCCGUAUUUUGCAGCUGUGAAAUACUUUUGAAUACAAUCCGAUGUUUAGUA